AUGAAUGACACUCUGACAGAAGAUGUCAUUGGUAGAAGAGUUGACGUUAAUGGAGAACUUGGAACAGUGCGUUUUUCUGGUGUUGUCCCUCCAGUAGCAGGACUCUGGUUAGGAGUAGAAUGGGACAAGCCUGAGAGAGGAAAGCACGAUGGGAGCCAUCAAGGGACUGUGUAUUUUAAAUGCAGGCAUCCAACAGGAGGAUCCUUUAUCCGCCCCAACAAGGCAAAUUUUGGAGUUGACUUUCUCACUGCAGUGGAGCACCGCUAUGUGUUAGAGGAUGAGCCAGAUGAGGAAAGGAAAGAGCAGGUUCUUAAAAUUGGAAACAAGCUUGUUGAGACUGUUGGUUUUGACUCAAUUGCAAAACAGCAAAGUCAGUUGAGCAAGUUGCAAGAAGUCUCUCUGAGGAGCUGUGCGGUCAGUUGUGCUGGUGAAGGAGGAAGAAUUGCUGACGCGUGUCCUAAUAUUAGAAAGGUAGAUUUGUCAAGAAACCUACUCUCUUCAUGGGAUGAAAUGAUCCGUAUUGCUGACCAGCUCAAACAACUGGACUUUCUUAAUCUCAGUGAAAAUAAACUUCACUUUCCUUCUGGUUCACCAUAUCUAACGGGAGCAUUUUCUGCACUGAAAGUUUUAGUCCUUAAUCGGACAGGAAUAACCUGGGCUGAGGUGCUCCAGUGUGCUGCUGGGUGGCCCAUCCUGGAGGAACUGUACCUGGAGGCUAAUGAUCUUGUCAUUUCCGAAAGACCAACUGAUGUCCUACAGACAAUCAAGUUACUAGAUCUUUCUGGUAAUCGCUCAAUUGAUGAAAAUCAGCUAUUUCGAAUAGCGUAUCUACCCAGGUUGGAACAGCUGAUCCUCUCAGACAUGGGGCUUUCCUCUCUGCAUUUUCCGGAUGCUGGAAUUGGGUGCAAAACGUCCAUGUUCCCUUCCUUGCAAUAUCUUGUUGUAAAUGACAAUCAGAUCUCACAGUGGUCAUUUAUCAAUGAACUGGACAAGCUGCAGAGCCUGCACUCUUUGUCGUGUUUGAGGAACCCCCUGACUGCAGAUGACAAAGAAGCACAGACCACAUGGCAGAUGAUCAUCGCCAGAGUUGGCCAGCUGACCACACUCAACCGGUGUGAGAUCUUCUCCGAGGAGAGGCGUGGCGCUGAGCUCGAUUACCGGAAAGCCUUUGGGGAGGAGUGGAAAAAGGCUGGUGGACAUCAGGAUCCAGACAAAAACAGACCACAUGAAGGAUUCCUCGCAGCCCAUCCUCGAUACCAGUCCCUCUGCCUCAAAUACGGUGCACCUGAAGAUGGAGAAUUCAAAACACAGCAACCAUUUAUGCUCAAGAAUCAGUUACUAAAGCUGACUAUAAAAUGUCCUAAUCAACUUGAUCACAAGGUCAUAGAGAAACAACUACCAGUUUCCAUGACAGUUCAGAAGGUCAAAGGGCUGCUGUCACGUCUCUUAAAAGUUCCUGUGUCAGAUCUUCUCCUGUCCUAUGAAAGUCCCAAGGUGCCGGGCAGAGAAAUUGAACUAGAGAAUGACCGACAGUCAUUACAGUUUUAUUCUGUGGAAAAUGGAGACUGUCUUUUGGCGCGAUGGUAA